AUGCCGCUGGAUUCAAGCAAGGAAGUCCUCGUUAAGCCGUCAAACAUUUUUUUUCAUUAUUCAACCGAAGCAAGAAUACUGCGCUUCAAAGUCUUAUCUACAGCACGUUCCAAGUAUUUGCUAUCAGUAUGCAAGGGCAUUUUGAAGUCUGGUGAAUUCGUUGAAACUGAUAUUUCAGUAUCCAGAGUUUCAAUAACGGAUGAUACAAAGGACUUUUUCAAGAUCCAGUUUUUCGAUUCAUACGAUGGCUCCGCUUUUUGCGAGCAUUAUAUAUGUUCAACAAUUUCGCGUAACCCCUCUCAUAAUGUUGCUAUUCAAGAUUCAGACUCAUGCAGCACUUGGCCCAGUCGUUAUCAUGAUGUUGGUUUGUCUAACUCAAGCUUAAGAACAGCAUCUUUAUCGCGAGCUUUCGGAAACCUGAUUGGGUUAGAAAAGCGCCCUAUUACUACUAAGACAUACUUAUCAUUAGAUCGUACGAAAUGUGUGGGUCUUUCUAACAUGUUCCCUACAGUUAAAGCACAGAAGAAUAGAUCGAAUUCAAGUACGUUAACAGUCUGUCGUGGUACCAGUGAUAGUCAAUCAGAAAACGCUAGAACGAGCAUUAUAUUGUUUAAUAAUCUACUCUAUAAUUCUUUGUUUAUUUUAAGUUUGAUUGUUUGUCUAUUUGGAAUUUUACUACCGUUCCUUCCAUAUGAUUGUAAAUUAUGGUUAUUGUCAAAGGUACUUCAUGAGCGAUUGAAGAUUAAUUAUAUUACUGCUACUCCAAGUUCAUUGACUUUUCCAUAUCAUUCACAAAACGUCCAUGACCAUUCUCAAUCUUAUAAGCAAAGUUCUGGAGCCACUUAUUCAUCGACAACUGAAUGUCCUACAGGGGAAAAUCCACCAAAAGAUGAGUUUAAUCGUCACACUCGUCUGGCAUUCUUUGCUUUCAAGAGUGCAUUGCGUAGUAUUUGCAGAGCAAUAAUUGCUUUAGAUCCAUUAGUCGCAGUUGCUAAUAUGUCAUGGUUUUGCUUAGGUUUGUUACUUAUGUAUCAUUGGAUAAAAAGAAGGUAA